UCCCACCCUCAGGCUGUUCCGGGCUGCUGCGGCCGGGCUGCAAAAAACGAUGGCGGCUCUGACUGAUGUGCAGCGGCUGCAAUCCCGAGUGGAAGAGCUGGAGCGCUGGGUGUACGGACCGGGCGGGACCCGAGGCUCCAGGAAGGUGGCUGAUGGUCUGGUCAAGGUGCAGGUGGCCUUAGGGAACAUUGCCAGUAAGAGGGAGAGGGUGAAGAUCCUCUACAAAAAGAUUGAAGACCUGAUCAAAUACCUGGAUCCUGAGUACAUCGAUCGCAUUGCCAUACCUGAGGCCUCAAAGUUGCAGUUCAUCUUAGCAGAGGAGCAGUUCGUCCUCUCCCAGGUGGCCCUCUUGGAACAAGUGAACGCCUUGGUGCCCGUGCUGGACAGCGCUUCCAUCAAAGCUGUUCCUGAGCAUGCGGCCCGCCUGCAGCGCCUGGCACAGAUCCACAUCCAGCAGCAGGACCAGUGUGUGGAGAUCACCGAGGAGUCCAAGGCCCUCCUGGAGGAGUAUAACAAGACUACAAUGCUUCUCUCCAAGCAGUUUGUGCAGUGGGAUGAGCUCCUCUGCCAGCUGGAGGCUGCCAAGCAAGUGAAGCCCGCAGAAGAAUGACCAUCACCCCGUGGUCCCCACCGGGAGGCAGGCUGGCUCCAGGGCCUCGUACCAACCCGACUUUAUAAGGCAGAGACAGCUUUGUCUGUGCUCAGCUGGCGGCUCUGAGGUCAGAGGUCAGGUUUACCUUAGAGUCAUGUGUUGUAUUCCCUGUCAGUGUAUUUAUUCCAGUGACAAUAAACUGUAGAGGGCACUAAA